CUGGUUUUUAAAUGUGAAUUUCACCCAUAUUACUAUUUCUCUUCCUAAUAAUCUCCGGAUUCUAUUCUCAUUUGGUUUUUGUGUGCUUCGCUUCGCUUUCCUCAUUCUCAUCAUCAUUCAUCUUCCUCUCUCUGCAGAAAAAUUAAAAAAAAGUUGGUUUGUUGUUUUUUCUCUUUAACCUUUUCCCUCUUUUCUCCGCAAUCGGUUUCUUCUUUGAAUGUGUUUGUGGAAGAAUCUAGGAAAUUAGAACCUGGCGUUUCUUUUCUCUUACCAAACCUUUGCAGAUCGAUUUCUUUUUAUCUAUCUCUUUGUUUUAACCCUUUUUUUUUGUGUUCUGGGUUGUGGGUUUCAUCAAGCUCGAUCGUAAUUGGUGAAAUCGGUUGAUUCUAGCAUCACCUACAUUGCGUAAAUUGGUGAGAAUCUCCUGAAUUCUCAAGUGUCAACUUUGGUUAAAGCUAGGAUGCAGGGAGAGAGGGCAAAUGUCGGUUCGUUAUCAGAUGCCUUGAACUUUGAGCAUGGUUCUUCUUCUAAUAAUGCUGUGGUAGAUCAGCAGAAUCGUUGGGAGAACAUUAACAAUCUUGGUGAUAAUGGCGAUACUACUUUUUCAAACUCAGUGUAUCAUGAGCAACGUGACUUGCACAGGUUUAACCUUGGUGAGGCUAGCUCUAGUGGUACGAAAAACGAAGCCGCUAGUCACAGUGAGCAAUGGAUGCAAAUUGGAAGUUUUGAGGAACGAAGAAAGGACAACCUUGAGCUGAACCCUUUAUUUGUGCAACCGUCUAGUGGAAACCGUGUUGCUCGAAAUGUGAAUCUGAAUGCAGAAUAUAAUGAGCAUCUUGAUGAUAUGAAUCCGGUCAUAGGUUACCCUGCUGGUCUUAUACCAGAGAACAGUGUUAGAGCAGGUUCAUCUGUAGAUGGUCGUCGUGCAUCCUGUAAAAGAAAAGCUCUUGAUGCCAGCAUUGGCCAGUCCUCUUCAAGCGGAGGUUUUCGUGAGUUCCACCGUGGAGAGAGCAGUUCUUGGACCUCAGCUCCUGCGUUUUAUAGCCCAGGAAGUAAUGAUUUGAGCAUAUCUCUUGGUCCAAGGGGAUUGGUUCCAAAUCUGUCUGCUCCUGCCAACACAGAGCGCUUCUCUGUCAGGGUUAAUCCCACUGUUCAACAAGAAACCGUCUUUUCUGCGGGAAGUGUUAUUCAGCGACCGGUUGCGCCAUCUUUCAGCUCACCAGGGCAUCUACCAGCAGAUCAACAACUGAGAUAUCAUGCUUUAGGCAAUGUUGCUCCUCAGAACACAAAUGCUUUUGCUAUUGGUAUGCCUUCUGUUUCAAGGAAUAUGAUACCACCAUUUCAAUGGAGUGGGAGCCCAGCAGCAGCUGGUGAAUCACCGAGUUCUGCUGCUCCUCCCGUUGACAGAAAUGUUGUUCAGCGAGUUGCAACCAGACAAAGAAGCAACAUGCUAGAGAAUCCGUUGUUUGUUCAAACUCCGGAACUGAGGAAUCUGGCCCUGAGAAAUCUGGCAGCCCGUAGUAUGAGAAAUGGACUUGGUGCUGGACAUGUUGCAUCGUCUUCAUCCAGGACGAAUGUUCAGCCAUCACCGUCGAUUCCAGCAUGGACUCCUUACCAGCCAUCACCGUCGAGUCCAGCAUUGAAUCCUUACCAGACACGACCUAACCAAAGAAGAUUACAUGAACAUCUUCGUAGGUCAUUGCUUUCUUCCCUUGUUACAAACCAGAGAGCUGGUCGUUCCUUGGUCCCUGCUGCCUCUUCGGGUGAGCAUGUGCUUCAAUCUGGAGGUGGUAACACCUUUCAGGCGCAGAAUCAGGCUUACUCGAGAGCAGGUCCAAGACAAAUGCGAAAUGCAACUGGUGCUCCUCAUUCUUCGCGAGGGUUGGCGUCAACAAGUCAAGGACGAAGAGGACUGGCUACAUCCGAGAUCCGCAAUAUCUUGGAGCACAUGCGUAGGUCAGGGAACUUGCGUUUUGAGGAGGUUAUGCUGCUCAAUCAGUCAAUGGCAGGUGGAGCUGAUAAUCAUGACCGAUAUAGAGACAUGCGGCUUGAUGUUGACAACAUGACAUAUGAGGAGUUGUUGUCUUUGGAAGAGCGGAUUGGAGAUGUUUGUACAGGUCUUAAUGAGGAAACCAUAUCAAAUCGAUUGAAGCAACAUAAAUACAAUAGUAGCACAAGUUCUCAACAAGAAGUGGAGCCAUGCUGUAUUUGUCAGGAGGAAUACAAGGAAGGAGAAGAAAUGGGAAUGCUAGAAUGUGGGCACGACUUCCAUAGCCAAUGCAUCAAAGAAUGGCUUAUGCGGAAGAAUCUUUGCCCUAUCUGCAAAACAACAGGAUUAAACACUGCAGAGAAGCCAAGAGGAUGAUAAAUGAUAGAAAGACCUUUAAGCUGUUGAGGUUUUUCUUACCAUUCGUCGAAUCUUCUAUACCAUUGCAGCCUCAUCAGAACAACUUGGUCUUAGGCCUUUUUUAUGUAUUUGGUGUCUGCGUUUGAGGUUGAUGAUCCUGAGGUGGUGAGAAGAUAGGUAUGAAGGGGAAGUAACUGAGAGAGAUAGGAAGGUAAUGAGGAGAAUCUAAGAAAAAAACUUAGGUUCUUUCUGAAUUUGUUUGGAUAAUUUAAAAUUUUACCAAUUAUUUAUUUUUCUAUAGUUACUCUUUAAAGAACCCAGAAAGAUUGUAAGGCAAUUUGGCGAUUUAUAGAUUUUAUGGAUGACUGAUUAUGUAAUUGAUCUAA